AUGCACAUCCUGAUGUAUAAACUGAAAGACUUGUCGCUCGGGCGACUAGUUGCAUUCCUUCUGGUAUUUGGACUCGUGGUACCGCUAAUAACACAUUACUAUUUAGCUCAAGAGACUCGACAAAGUUUUCAGUCGCGAACGAUAAAGUUAGACAGACCCGCUGACAGGGUUGAUUCAAUUCUAGACAGGAUUGAUGAUUUGAAAUACGAAAUUGACGAGCUGAAGAGGAUCAAAUUGUCUCUGGGUAAUGAAUUACGAGAGCUGGAAGGUAAAAAGAACAGGAUUUUACGAAUCAUUUCCAAUUAUUCUAAAACAGCAGAAGCCUACAGGAGUCAAGCUGAACAUUAUCAGCGUGAUGUGGCUCGGGCACAAAGGGAACUUGAAUUAAUUAAACUUGCUAAAAGAAGGGCUAAUGACUGUCCAAUACUACCACAUUUAAAACUACCGCACAAGUUAGAUGUAGCAUAUUUAGAGAGCAGUGAUUUACUUCUUCACCAAAGUACUGCAUCAAACUGUCACCUACACAACUGCUUUGAUUUCUCAAGGUGUCCAUUUGGCUCAGGUUUUCCAGUGUAUGUCUAUGAGCAGCCUUUUGGCCAGUUGUUGUCAGAUUCAAGUGGGAUGGAAAUUUUUCAGCUGUUAAAGGGAAAUCCCUAUUAUACUGUUGAACCUGAGAAAGCUUGCUUGUACAUAGUCAUUGUUGGAUCAAUCGAAGCAAGUCGGCAUUCAAAGAGUAAGAGUGAACUGGAGAAUGAUUUACACUUACUGCCUUACUGGAGAGGAAAUGGUAAAAAUCAUUUACUUCUCCACAUAAGAACAAGUGUAAGGGAUUCUACUAGUAUUCUCUCUCUGGGCAUCAACACAGGCCUUGCCUUAAUUGCUCAAUCAACAUUUUUAAAAGAUAGAACAUAUCGCCAUGGCUUUGAUAUUGUUGUACCACCAUCAAAUGGACCCAGCACUGGGGAUGUUUGGCAUCUUGCUGCUUUACACCUACCAGCUAGAAGAAAAUUUUUAUUAAGUUUUCAGGGUGUACAUAAAGAUCAUCUAACUAAUACAAUGACAAUUUUACGUGAUCAACUUCAUCAAAUCUCCAAAGAGGCCAGAGACUUGUUCAUUGAACUGUAUUUAUCAAAAUCUGAAUUCUUAAGCUCAAAGCAAAGUGGUGAUUGGUUAUUAUGGGGUAGCCAUGAAAACAGAUCAAAGAUACUGAGACAAUCAACUUUUGCUUUAAUAGUGGGAUCAAAUCAUGUUGGCUCAAGUUGGGACAAUAUGCAAGUUAGACUGCUGGAAGCCUUACAGUUUGGAGCUAUACCAGUCAUAUUGUCCAAUGACUUUAUUUUACCUUUCCAUGAUAUGAUUGAUUGGCGAAAAGCAGCUAUCAUCCUGACUCAAGCUCGCCUACCAGAACUAAAUGUCUUACUUAGAACUAUAACGAAUGAAGAUAUCUUAAACCUUCGCCGUCAAGGAAGAUUCUUAUGGGAAACAUAUCUUUCAACAACUGAUGCUAUUUUGAAGACAGUGUUAGCCACCUUAAGAACACGCUUGUCAAUUCCUGCUGAUCCUGUGACUGCAUUGCCAACAGUGUCAGUUUUUGGUGAAUCUAAUCCACCACUAACAAGUCCUCCAGAUCCAGAUGCACUAAUAAGCUUACCACAAGUGUCUCCAACUUUCAUCAGGAAUCUAACAAUGACCAUUGUCGAUGCCUAUAAUGUAUGGAAUUACCCUCCGGGUUCAUUUAGAAUGUAUCCAAGUACACCCUUUGCUCCAGUCCUGCCAUCAUCAGCACCUUUCAAGAAUUCAAGCACUGAGUUUGAACUCAUUGGUGAUGGGAUGGGUGGGGCAGGUGUAGAGUUCAGUAAAGCUUUGGGAGGAAAUCAUCCAGUAGAACAGUUUACAGUGGUCAUCUUGACAUAUCAGAGGGAACUAGUACUUAUUGAAGCAGUUCAACGUCUUGUUGGGCUGCAGUAUCUUAAUAAAGUAGUAGUUGUGUGGAACAGUCCUGAGCCGCCAUCUUUGUCCCUUAGAUGGCCUGAUAUUGGGGUUCCAGUUCAUGUGAGUUGAUGAUGGAAUUAUUUUAAUUAUUCCUUAGUGAUUAUCAGUCAGCCAAUUUUAAAGUUGUUAUCAAAUGUUUAUAUCAGUAUUGCUUAAAAGAGAGUAACCAAGUGCUUAUUGCUUAAUACUAGACAGAUAUUUAACCCAAGAGGUGCUCAAUGCUACAUACACUGAUUCUGAUACAGUCAAAGCUAAAAAGAUUUUGUAAAAAAAGUGACUGUCUCAUUGUUGUAAUAUCAAUGUCGGCCAACAGUCAGCAGACAGUUGGCGGACACUAAACUGACAAGCCACCAACAGGUAACCAACAGGUUAAUGACAGGCAGUGAAAUAGCUUUAUUAGACACCAUAUUUACAUUUUACAAAACUGAUGAAAGCACACAUGUGUGUUUUUGCACAUGUAUGCUUUAUAAGGAUUGGCAAAGGUCUCCAAGUGGUUGACCAUGAGGUGGAUGUAGCCCAGGUUGUGGAGGUUGAAGUAAGGGGAAAACUUGUCAGAAAUAAUCGUGGCUCCAGGUGUUACAAAGUGUUGUAAAAAACCCAAGUGCCUCUAGAAAUGUGCCCUCAGUUGUACUUGCAAGAGGGGGAUUGGGGCAAAGUUAAAAAUCCACAAUGGUGAAUGGGCUAGGAAUUGAAGUGAGUGUUAGGAGAGAAAUAGCUUAGAAAUUGUGCUGAGCUAACAUAAAAGAGCUGGAGACUAUUCAGAGUUUUAUUUUAUCUUUUCGAUGCAAUCAUCAUGGGUUGUAAAUCAUAAAUUUUUCAAGGCAAUAAUUGACCUAAAAUUACCGACAUUCUACUGACAAGUUGCCAACACCUUACCAAUAGAUUCCUGACAGUCAAGCGGCAGUCAGUAGACAGUUGGCCAACAGAUGUCUUGCAGGAAGUUAUCUUUUCAGCAAAACUGAAAUAAAGCUGUUGGCCAACUGUCAGUAAGCUGUUGGCCAACAGUUGGCUGACAGUUUGCUAACUGUCGGUGGGGGGAGCUGUUUUUCACAAUUACCCAAAAAUUAACAACAAGACAGUCUCAUAAUUUUAGUUUAUUUUGGUGACAACCACAGAAUGUCAGCAUACUCACUCACUUAUUAGGGAAUAGUACCACAGGCAUCAGAUUUCAGCAUAGCAGGCUUGUGCAUUUAUACUAAUAAGCUGUACUUAUUUUUUUUUUAUGUUUUGAACAGGUUGUUAAAGUAGCAAAGAACAGUUUGAACAAUCGAUUUAUUCCUUAUGAUGUUAUAGAAACAGAUGCUAUUUUUUCUAUUGAUGAUGAUGUAGAAAUGCGACCUGAUGAAAUACUCUUGGGAUUCAGGUGACCAAAGUUUUAUUAUUAACAGAUCAUGGAAGUGCUCAGUGUUUCCAAACUAAAAUUUUCUAAACUGAAUUUUUUGAGACAGUAAGCAAGCAUCUUUCUGUUGCCAUGUUAUAAUGCAGAUUGUCAUCUAGCAGUGAAACUGACUGCCAGAAGGGUACCUCUUAAGCAUCUCUGCCACUCAGGGUGUGAAAAAGUUAGUUCACUUUAUAUUAUUAAGUGAAUAAUCUUGUUUUGUAGAGUUUGGAGGGAAGCAAGAGAUCGUAUAGUAGGAUUCCCAGCACGUUUCCACGCUUGGGAUGCUCAGAACAAGCAGUGGCUGUACAGUUCAGAGUAUUCAUGUGAACUUUCUAUGAUACUCACUGGUGCAGCUUUCUACCACAAGGUGAGUAAGAGGAAAUGCUUCUGGACAAGUAAUAUUGGAUUUGCCAGCUAGGGAAAAGGCUGCAUCAGGUCAAAUUUCCCCAUUUCUUUGUUAAACAAGUUGUUGUUGUCAAUUUUUUUUCGAAUUAGCCAAAUAUAGCAGCCUUCUUGAAUGAUAGAUCACCAAGACCUGAUGUAAUUAAUUGUAUUUAGAGUCCUUCAAAUAUUUUUGCUUACAUGCAGUUGGUCCGAUUGUGUCUGGUGACUAAAUUUACCCCCAAUUAAAGUGUGGAAUAUUUGGCAAUUUUUAGUCAAGAUAUAUUCCUACUGUUGGGAUAAAGGUCAAUCAAGUUGGAAAAGCAUUUUGUUGUUGUGUCAAAGGAAAGAUAAACCUGUCUGUACAUUAAAUAUUUUCCUAAAUGCAAAAUAUAUUUGAAAGAUGAAAAACACAAUAGCCCUCCAUUAGUUUGAGGAUAUGCAGGUAAAUUUUUCUUGAACAUUGUCUUUUGUUUUAAGCAUACAGUUUUCUGUGAAUUUUGCUCUUGGAAAAAUGUUUGCUUUUCAGAACAGAUAAUGUUUGUAGACAAAUGUGCAAGUAUGUUUUAGUGCCAAAGAGAGGCUAUGCUUCAUACAUUUUGGUACAUUGUAAUCUUGAAGAUGUUAUCACAAGUCUUCUCUAAAACUGAAAUGAAAAUGUUAAAACCCAAAAUUGAGCCCCAUCAAUCCUCCCUAUCUGUACAAUUUGAAUAUAACAUCAAAAGGGUCCUAAAGAUUUUGGUUUACUAUUAUUGUUGAUAAUUAGUUUUUUGCAUAGACCCCUCAGCCACCUUUUUAGUUUUCUCCAGCCAAUGAUGUCAUUUAUGACACAUGUGUUCUGUUGUGAUCCUUGGUGUUUCCUUGCUUGAAGACAAGGUCAACCUUGAAGUAGAUGGACAUUAUCCACAGAGCAGCUCUGAUGAAUAUGAGCUGACCUCCUACCAGAAUGCUGGGCCAUUGUAACUAUAAAAUUACUCCAAAAGUGUGCAGAAAGUAACUAGAGGAGAAGUAUAAUUUUUUAACACUCAAUUUUGAAAAUGUUUAUUCAAUUUCUCUCUUCUUCUCAGUAUUUUGGUUAUUUAUAUACAAAUUGGAUGCCACAAAUUAUCAGAGACAAAGUUGACGAAUACAUGAAUUGCGAGGACCUUGCCAUGAAUUUCUUGGUCUCUCACAUCACAAGAAAACCUCCCAUAAAGGUAUGUAACCAGAUGAGUUGAGUUUGUGAUGAGGGAUUUAUUAGAAUUUCAAGUUGCUCAACUAGGACAGUAGCAACCCUUCUUUUUCCAUUGGCACAUAGCUGACUCAUUUGGUUGAUGUAUUUAUGGUUUUAUGUCAUUGUGGGCCUCUCUUGGAAAAAAUAUUUUGUAGCUGUAGGCUGACUUUCAGGUGUCAAAAUAAACAGGCAGACAUUUUAUGUAAUGUAUAUCAGUCCUAACCCGUUAUCUCCUAAGAGUGAUUUAGGUCUAAUAUCUCCUUAAAGCAUCACUGCUGAAUCAAACAUGAAACUCAUGAGAAUAAGGAAAAUGAUGGAAAACUUAAUAAGCUUGUGAUUGUCAAACAAAUUCUCUUUGUCAGUAUUGUGGGAAAUGAUAAGAUAACAGUGAGAAGAAUAUGAAUAAUAAUGUCCUGGUAGAAAGGUUAACAGUAGCUGUGCUAUAACACUCAAUAGCUUUUAGUUAUAAAGUAAUGUUGUAUCUCAUUAGGUGACUUCACGUUGGACUUUCUCCUGCCCAAACUGUCCUGUGUCACUGUGGAAUGAUAAAACUCACUUUGAGGAACGCAGCAAAUGUAUCAAUUUCUUUGUGAAGGUGUAUGGUUACAUGCCACUGCUGAGAACACAGUUUAGGGCUGAUUCUGUCCUAUUUAAAACCAGAAUUCCUAGUGACAAGUCAAAGUGUUUUAAAUAUGUUUAAAUUAUAAAUUACCUAGGUUAGGGCAAAGCCUAGUGAGUAAUUCUACAAAAUUAUCACAGUAGUAAUGAAAGUGGAGACUAAGACCAUAAAAGAAACACAGAGGAGUCAUGUUCAGAAAAUAUAUGGGAAAAUUAAAAGAUGUAUUUUAUCAAAAAUUUUCUUGGAAACUCUAGUUAAAAUAAUGAUGCUUAGUUUGACUCAAAAAAAAAAAUUUAAAAAAUUGGCCCUUGAAGGGCUACCAUAUCCUUAUGGAUAUAAAAGGUUGAAACAGCAGCAAAACUAUUUUUUUAAGAUUAUAUUAAUUUGGGCACAGUUUUCAUUCAUUAUUAUUUUGCAUUGGGGAUUUUACUUAUGAUGGAGCUUAGAAUAUUCUUUUACCCAUUCAUUUUGUUGUUCAUAGUCUAAGGAACUAUUAUGUUUUCUGAAUUACCUAAGUUACUACAGUAAAUGAAACAGUUAAAACAAGAUUUUGCAUCCCUUGGGAAUAUGAACUAUGAGUUAAGCAUGACUAUAUUAUAAUAUUUGUCAGCAAAUCUUAUCCGUAAUCCAUUCAUCAAACAUGUUUAAACACUAGCCAGUGGAAAUUGAAUGUUAUUCAAAAUGUUUUUUGACCAGUAACCCAGAGGCCAAUAUGUGGAUUUGUUUUAUUAGCUUUUAAUUGUUAUUAUUUCUAAGACAUUUCUAUGAUACAAAAAUAGGUAAAAUAUAUAGAAGGCUAGAUUCAUAGUGUGGCAUGUUGAGUCAAUUGAGUUGUUGGUAUGUACCUUUCAACAUUACAUGGAAUAAGGGAAAAAACAAAAAAGACCAGACUGAAAGAAGAUGUUGUUAUCAUCAUCAUUAUCAUCACAGCACAGCUGCUGUUUGACACUGGAAAGUUGCACCAUAUCAGCUUUUCCAAAAACUCACAAUAUUUCAUCCAUAUGAUUAUGAAUUUCAAACAUGUUAAGUUGAGAGAUACAUACUUGUUGAGUUGGAGGGUUGGGUGUAGAAAAGGAAAAAACUAGGGAAAAAAGUUGAAUUUUCAAUUUAUUUAUUAUGUUUAUUUUACAGAUUGUUUGUGAAGUAUGAACAAAUAAUUUGAAUAUAUUUCAUAUCUAAUAUAUAUAAAUUUUCAAUCCAGAUUUAAGAAAAAGUCCAUCCAUAUAUACAUGAGUGUGAAGAUUAUUUUUUUUAUGCUCCCACACCAAAAUAUGUAUCACUUGACAGAAGUGAGGGUAGAGUUGAAGAUUUUAGAUCCAGCUCAAUCAGUUAC